UCGUGUUAUCUCAUGUCUCAUGACUCCUCUCGGUCUCAUCACAUCAUAUGACUCAGCAUUCCACACAAUCAUAGAAAGCAACGAAACGCAACACAACACAUCGUAAUACGGCAUUCCGUUCAUUGUUUCUUUCAACUCAACUCAACUCUCUCUCACCCACCACAAAACUAGCAGCAAAAUUUGAACAAACUACCGAAACAAAAACAAAACCAAAGCAAAAAUCGUUUUUUUUUUUUCUGUUCCCUCAUCCUCAUCUAUUGGAUUAACUGAUUAAUAUUAUUAGGGUCCCUUGUAAAAAGAAGAUUCUUCAUCCUUCCACACACCCCCCACAACUACUGGGAGAGAAAAAAGGAAGGAAAUUUUGCUAUUUUCUGAGACUCUUGAUUUUAUUUUAUUUUUAUAUUUUUUCUGCUCUGAAGAAGAAAGAUGGAAAUGAUGGCAUACCAGUUUACUCGGUUACCUUACUCGGAUUCCCUCAAACUGCUCGAGGCUGAUAUACAGCAUGCAAAUGCUUUGGCUGCUGCAAUUCCCAGAGCCAAGGGUGGGACUCUUCUCCAAAUGAAAUUGGUUUACAACCACUUGGCUCCUCUCUUUCUGUUGUUGCUACAGUGGAUGAAAUGUUCUUGUACAUGCUUUCUACAUAGAUAUCUCGACCUCUUCCACAUAGUUGUAUACAAGGUACACGAUGAUGGUAGAUCAAAUGUGGCUUCUCAUGGGAGGAAAGCAAGCAUCCGGGACUUUUAUGCUGUUAUCCUUCCAUCUCUCGAGCGGCUUCUUGGUAGCUUGGAGAAGUUGGACAUUUGUAAGAAAAGUCAUUCUAGCAUAGAUGGUAUUAGUUAUGGCAAGAAAAUGAUGGAAGGUGAUGGGAAACUAAUCAAUAUCGAUCUGGAAAGAGAAGAUGAAUGUGGCAUAUGCUUAGAGCCUUGCACCAAAAUGGUUUUGCCUAAUUGCUGUCAUGCCAUGUGUAUCAAAUGCUACCGCAAGUGGAACACAAGGUCAGAAUCUUGUCCUUUUUGCCGUGGUAGCUUAAGGAGAGUUAAUUCUGAGGAUCUAUGGGUACUCACUUGUAAUGAAGAUGUUGUUGAUGCUGAAACAGUUUCCAAGGAAGACUUGUUGCGUUUCUACCUUUAUAUCCACAGCCUACCUAAAGAUCACCCUGAUGCACUUUUCUUAAUGUAUUAUGAAUACCUGAUUUGAUAUUUUUUUUACUAAAUAAGGAGAGAAAAAAAUUGUACAGAUAGGAAAAUUCGAACUGCAAUUGUGAAUAGAGUCUGGUAGGUGUCCAUAUUUAAUGUUUGAAGGAAGAUAUAUGUAGGGGGAGACACAUAAUACUCUUGCUCCCCAUUUCAAGGGUCUAUAUCCUAAUGGAAUUGAUAACCGAUCCA